GAUAACUUCAGUUCAGUUACGUUCCCAAAAUGGCAGACAUAGCGAACACUGUUAUUAAUCAGACUCUCGAAAAUAUAACAAAAAAGGAAAAUGUUACCGGCAAAAUUCCCGCAACUCCUGAAGGAAUGGCCGUUGCCUAUGGGAGUCUUAUUAUCAUGGCAGUUAUACCAAUAUUUUUUGGUAGUUACCGGUCUGUUAGACACCAUAAGGAACAGCAGGAACACUUUAAAACAAGUGGAGAGAAACCAGAAACAAUGUCACACAAAGAAGCUGCAAUGUUCCCUUUUGUAUCAAGUGUAGCCUUGUUUGGAUUGUAUAUAUUUUUUCAGAUAUUUUCUAAAGAAUAUAUCAAUUUGUUAUUAACUGUUUACUUCUUUUUUAUUGGUAUUUUGGCACUUAGUCAUCUUGCAAGUCCACUGAUCUCAUCGUUAGUACCCGCUGCGAUACCAAAAACAAGAUAUCAAAUACAUUUUACCGGAGAUGAUGAUGAUAUUAUAAAUUAUAAAUUUACCCUUCAUGACAUUGUCUGUCUCUUUUGUUGUUCUAUCGUUGGAAUUUGGUAUAUCUUAAAGAAGCACUGGGUGGCAAACAAUCUCUUUGGAAUUGCAUUUGCAAUUAAUGGAGUUGAACUGUUACAUUUAAAUAAUGUCGUGACGGGUUCAAUUUUACUGGGUGGACUCUUUAUGUACGAUAUUUUCUGGGUUUUCGGUACAAAUGUAAUGGUAACGGUUGCCAAAUCAUUUGAGGCACCAAUUAAACUUGUUUUCCCUCAAGAUUUAAUUGAAAGGGGUCUUGGUGGUAAUAAUUUUGCAAUGUUAGGUUUAGGCGAUGUUGUUGUACCUGGAAUUUUCAUCGCAUUAUUGCUUAGGUUCGAUCAUAGUUUAGGUAGGAAAUCGAAAACAUACUUUUAUACCACUUUCUUCGCGUAUUUUAUGGGAUUGCUUAUAACAAUGUUGAUUAUGCAUUUAUUCAAUCACGCACAACCGGCACUCCUUUACUUGGUACCCAUGUGCAUAGGAACUCCUCUUUUACUUGCACUUGUCAAAGGAGACAUCAAAGCCCUCUUUUCAUAUGAGGAUCAUCCCAAUAAACCAGAGGAAACACAGACGCAAACGCAAGUUGACGCGAAAAAAGAGAAAUAAUUUUUUCAUAUACUUAAAUUAUUUGUAAAGUCGUGUGAAACAUAGAUAGCAUAUUUUGUGAUUCAUUCAUCUCGAUAAGAAAAAAAUAUUUGUAUCAUAGAUAAUUGAUCAUGAAAAGAAAAGAGAAAAUGAGAAAAAGGAGAAGCGCGGAGAUUUGUAAUAUAUUUCAUCGAAGUACCUCAUAUUUUGCAUCUAUGUUUCACAUUAAUGUGGUAAAAGGACAAGUUCCACAUAAUAUUAGGAACUUUUCUUAUUGUCAUUAGUCAAUGAUAAACUACGUCUUAACAGUGAGUGAGAAAGUACUGAUUUUUCCUAAACAAACAAAAAAACAAAACCGUAGUCUUCAAAUUGCAAUUUGUUUCUGUUAAAAUAUACACAGUUCCUUUUUUUCUAAAAAAAAAAUUACUUUCCGUUCAAUAUGCAACAGAUUGUGAUCAAGUACUGAAAUUUAGUGAAUUUACUAGACUUUCCUUCGAUAUAUUACACUUCUUACACUGUCCGUUAAUAAUUAAGCUAAUUAACUGUUCAUACACACAAUUAAAAAAAAGCAUUCCGCUAUUAUUUUAUAACAAAAUUAAAGAGAGACUUUUCGAUUAAUUGUUGAAAACAUGCCAGUUUAUUUAUUCUUUUUUAUCAUGUUUCUUCCAACCCUUUUUUUAGGGUUUCUUUUUGUUACUUUUUUGUAAUUAUUGUUCUAUAUAAUUAUACUAGAUAUAUAUACAUAUUUUUAUUGUUAAAUUUAAUUAUAAUGGAUGAUUGUAUUCAGUUAUAAUUUUAUUACAAGGCUUGUAAUUAUUUUAUAAUCUACUUUUAUAUUUUCGGUAAGACUUUUCUUUUAAGUACUUCGGCACUGAAAAUUUCCAUUUUUCUGGCAUGUUAUCAAUUAAUAUAUCGAAUAAAUAAAACGAGUAAAAAGAUUUUUUUGGCAUUGCAAAAAAAAAAGAAGAAAUCCUUGUAAUAAUACAGGGCUAAUAUUCGCGCACAAAAUUUGAAAAAAAAAUUUGUAUUCUUCCAUUUAAAAAAAAGUCAAAAAUUGUUAUUUAUUCGUAUAUAUGUAUAUCUAUACUUGCGAUGUUUUAGAUGUACAAAUCAAAUCGCUAUUUGGCAUCGCUUUAAAAAUGUCCAAAUAUUUAAUAAAUAUCAUCUUAUAAAUCCUUUGAA